UUGCACGGAUUCAAGUCUAUUCAAUGCUGAAUAGCUUAAGGCAAGGAGCAGAUGACUGUGCCCUAAAUGCCUCAAACAAAGAAUACCUUCAAAAGAGCUUGUUCUCUUCGCUUCGCCAACGCCUACAAAUAGUUACAAAUGUAAUUGCUGCACCAACCUCCUCCAAAUAAAUCUUUUAUAGAACCAGACAUUCUUAUAGAUGGCCAGAAACUAGCAAAUGUUAAAAAAAUUGUCUAUCUGGGAAGCACCAUAUCAGCCAUUGCCAACCUAGAUGUUGAGGUAGACUUCCAAGUUGCACGUGCCAGUGCUGCUUUGGGCAGACUUCAAAGACAAGUGUGUCAGCAGAGAGAACUCAGCAAAUACACAAAUCUGAAAGUCUACAGUGCCCGCCGACCUCCUCGUGGUGGAGUAAGUUCAUCCCUUUGCUCUCGGGCUAUUUUGAAAAGGGCUAAAAUUGCGGGAGCCUCAACUUUACUAGCAGACUCUCACGCUCUUUUGGUGCAGAGCUCUGCUGGUGAGGUUAGGGGAAAAUGCGGAGCUCUGACUGACAUACCUCCUGCACGCUCGUCUGGUGUAAAGACUGUGCCUGUUUGGAGUUUAUAGCUUUUGCUGAAUUGAUCAGCCGCCGCCCUGGAGAAUAGUGAAGGAUCAAGCCAUUAAAAUUUGCGGGCUCUAAACUGGUGGUUAAAAAAAGGUCUCCUGCCUCACUCGUUUUCGUGGAUUAAACCCUGCCUAUUCGAGUGAGUGGCUGUAUCAACCGGAUUUUGAUCGUUUUAUAGUCCAAUUCUAAUUUUUUACUGUUUUCCUUGCUCGCUCUAUAGGACAACCCAAAUAUCCUCCGCCUGGAGGAAUCCAUACUUAUAUCGAAAAUAAAUACAAAGAAAACCGGAUCUGAGCAGACCCAAACAGGCUCCGCUAGCCAGGUAAAGGGCGUUAGGCCUGGCAUCGGAAAAUGGGCUACUAAUCGCCUUGCUACGUUGGUACAGAUGAGAACGAGCCACGUUGUGAAAAAAAGAUCUACCGUUCUUCCCAACACACAAACCCUGAGAACAUCCUUUUCCUCCAAAACGAGCACAACAACAAUAACAAAAAAACAACAACACAAGUCUCAGGAAAAAAUUAACCCAACAUCUCAUACUGUGAAAAAAUGCCACUCAGGCAAAUUUAGCUGGAAGGAUAGCAACAUGAUCCUCAAAUUUCUAAAUCUUUCAAAGUCUUCAAUGUUACGUCCAAGGACUUAUUCCAAAGACGCUUGAAAUAACUAAUCUGUAGUGAUGGGAACUAAACUAAUUAUUUUUAGUUAAACUAAAACUAAGUUUGAACUAAAAAAAAGUAAUUAAACUUUUAGUUAAUCACAAAUUGAAAACAUUAGUUAAACUAAACUAAGAAACUUUAGUUAAACUUUUACUAACUAUUUUGACCUUUUUUAAGGACGAAACAGCCAAACAUGAAAAAUAUAAAGCACAACCAAUCUCUUUAGCAAAAUGUAAUAAACAUUUAUUUGUGCACAUGAAAAAAGAUUUUAAUGUCUUUAUGGGAUAGAUGUAGAUCUUAAUAGAAUCACUAGAAUGAUACUAUUAUAGAAAGAAAUUAGAAGUAAUUGUCCAAGUUCUAAUAUAAGUUACCUUUAGAAGUAAUGAUAAAACUGCAUGUUGACUAACUAACUCUAGAUUCUAGGAUAUUCUGGAUCUAAUAUCUUCUACAAAUGAAAUGAUCAGAAAUAUAAUCUGGAUCUAGAAUUAGAUAUAGCUACUAGACCUAGAUCAAAUAAUUAAUAGUUUAAUCUAAAAAUAAUCUAAGAAAUACUAGUUACUACUACUACUACUAGAUCUAAAAUCUAGAGAGUCUAGUAGAUACCUUAGUAACUCUAGAUCUAGAGAUUUUAGAUUAUUAUAAUUAUGAUUAUAACUAGAUCUAGAUAUGGGUAUUUAUCUAAUAGAUCUAGUAGAUAUAAGUAUUGUCAGAGUUGCUAGACUAAGUGGAAAAGAUCUACAUUUAGGUAGAUAUUUGGUUUUAAAAUAUUUUAUAUAGAAUCAAUAUUUAUAUAAUUAUAUAUUUGCAAUGUUAAGACUAACUAAACUUUUAGAUCAAUAUUUAGUUUUUAAUGUUUAGAAAAAGAAAAAAAAAUGUGUAUAAUGUUUAUGUUGAUGGAAUGUACAAUUUCAAAAAAAAAAAAAAACACCAAACACAACAUUUCAGACUGCCUUAAUUACAUCGAUGAUCAAUAUAAGAUGAAUGAAUUCAAAGAACAAUUUAACAACUGUGACAUGUCAUGUUCAGUCUGAUGGAAUUGAGGAUCAAAUUAUUGGUUAUCAUGAAACUCAGGAAUUAGAAGUUGGAGAGGCCGAUCUACACAAAUGUUUCAUUGCCUGUAAGAAAAAUCCAGGUCACAGACAGUUUAUACCUGUUGAUACAUUUUCCUUAGAUCAUCUACCCAAAGAUCUGCAAGACAAUAUUUUAUAUGAAUACAUCAAAGCUGUUGCUGAUCUGACAGUCCGAGUAAGUGUUAAAUUGUCUAGCCCAGGGAGACCAAUGUUUUGGCCAAAGACAAAUCAACCAUAUCCAUUUUAUAACAUGAUUGACUCAACAAAUGUUAGGACAGGAAGUGGAAGUGUGUGGAAAAUUUACAAAUUUCAAGAUGGAGUCUUACAAGAUGGUGCCAGACAAGAGAAAGGUAUUGGAAAACGUGAAUACACACAUUGUUGGUGUAGAAAAUGUCAAGAUUCAGACUCACCGAGCCAAGUGUGGUGGGAGUUUUAUGUGUAUACAGCCACGCAUGUUGUUUUCGAUGACAUUGAGGCUAAUAACACGACUUUGAGAUUGUUCUAUGAUAGAGAAGAUAGCCCAGUGGUUAGUGUUGAUAAUGUCAUGGUUGAAGAUGUAAGCGUUGAGGAUGACUUGUGUAGGUUGAACUGUGUGUCAUGUGACAAAUAUUUAGGGGAUAAACUUACGAAAAUAUCACAAGUGUAUUUUGAUGUCUGGGAGAAAGUGACUAAUAAAUACUUUGGCUCAAGAGAUAAAUACAAGAUAAACUUUAUAGUGUCACAUCCUCAUGGAUGUUCCAAACAGGUCAGUGUAGGUCAAUGGAAGGAAAAACACAAAGUGGGAGAUAGAAUUAAAUUUUCCUAUACAACUUGUACAUGUCCAGGAAGUAGUGGAGCCUUUGUACAGUGUGUAGGAUAUAGUGACAAGCUAUGGUCUGAUCUUGUUCACAGUGGAAGUUUAAGACAAGACUUAAAUUACAGUGGCGCUGGUUUUGUUUUUUGAGAUGUUUUUAUCGUGAGUUUAAAAAGAUGACAUACAGUAUGAACAACAUAUUGUAACGAACGUCACUAUUAAGACUCUUUGCAAACCGCACCACUAGACACUACCAACUUAAAGCUGUUGUCAACUCUGGGCUUCCAAAUAACUUGAAGCUUUAAUGUCAAAUAGAUCACAGCUGAGACUGAACAAUUGCAAAUGAACAUUCAAACGCUGUACUGUUGACAAUAGUACCGGUGUAUCAAGCUGUACUGACCUCUCCGUCUCAUUCCGGACUUGUACAGGAUUCUCUGCUUCUGACUUUUCACUGGGCUACUGGAGUCACUGUACCGUACUGAGACUGGGUCUUGACUUGUGACUUCCUCUCGUACUUGUGAAGAUGUGAAUCAAUUUAAAGACAAGUAAAUCUACACCAUCGCUUUUUAUAUAGGGCCCAUAGCACUAAGCACAAAUUCUACAAAGACAGUCAUUGCAAAUAAUAACAGCAUACAAAUAGUAUACCACAAAAGUCAGAAUGGGAACAUCGCUGCAACUUUCUAGUGAUUCUUGACUAUAACCUGGCUUGAGUACUGUUAUCAACACGUGAGGUAGGCCACGUCGUCACUCGUCAUGUGUUGACCUCUCGUUUUGGCCUGUGUAAUGUGUGUCAGCUGACUACAUAUACUGAUCCCAAUCCAUGUUCCCACCAGAGUUAUAACAAAAAAUAAAUAUUCUCAGCAUGAAACUGAGAAAUAAAAUGUCAUUUUGUCAUUCAUAAAGCUUAUAUCAAGUCACUCUGUUAAUCAGACUUGUACCAAUAUUGUACACAUCAUUUCUACCACUUCUCAAUCUAGAAUCAAGUUGAGACUUUGCAGUUAUUUAUUUUCAAAGACAGUACAUGAAUACUAAAAAGUUAAUUUAUUGUUUUUAUUUAAUAUUUAGUUUUAUAUAAAAUUAUAAUAUUAAUAUGAAGUAUCGAGCACCAUAGUAGAAAUUGUGAGAGUCAUUUCCUAUAAAGGUUUUUUUUUUUAAAUAUUUUUUUUUGCAUUCUGAAUUUUCUAGUUUUUAUUUAAUUUAUAAUUAUCAUACACGUUUUGUUAAAUACUUUUAAAUUAUUUUAGUAACAUGUAUCAAAU